CUUAAAGAGACCAGAGCCAAUAUGCUCACCGAAUCAAGCUCCCAUUCUUGUCCUCUUCUCUUAUCUUCUCGCAUUUUCCACAAUCCCACCCAACCAGAAAGCUUAAAUCAGAUUCCCAACAGAGUAUUGGCAAACUUCGAUUCAAGGCCUCCAUGGCUCUUCAGUCUACUGCCCCAGCAGCCCUGCGGCCUUCAACCGUCGCUUCAGCCUUGGUCACUCCGGCAAUUCUCUUGCCCACGCAGUCUGGCACGAUCGGUCUCCGUCGGCCUCUAGAUCCUUAUGCGCUGCGGUCCUCCUACCUAUCUCCGUCUGUGAAGCUCUUUCUCUCUCCUUUUCGAUCUACCGGCACCGCUGCUCCCAGAUUCUCCAUGCGUGUGACCUCCAAGCAAGCUUACAUUUGUAGAGAUUGCGGUUAUAUUUACAAUGAGAGCACCCCCUUUGAGAAGUUGCCGGACAAGUACUUCUGUCCAGUUUGUGGUGCACCGAAGAGGAGAUUCCGGGUUUAUGAGCCAGCAGUUGCAAAGAAUUCCAAUGAAACUGAUGUUCGCAAGGCUCGCAAGUCACAGUUGAAGAGAGAUGAAGCCAUUGGGAGAGCCUUACCAGUUGCCGUGCUUCUUGGAGUUGCAGGGCUGGCCGGCUUGUAUUUCUACCUCAAUACAGUAUACUAACUGCAAGCAAGACUUUAUUCGUAAGCUUAUAUUGCUAUUAGUCGUUUCUGUAGCGUACUGUUUCAAUAUUUCUCUUUAUAUUACAGAGGGAAUUUUACUUCACAAUUCCUGAAUAGAAUGGUAUGUCUCAACUUCUCCAAUGCUCUGUUUUGUUUGAAAGAAUGUAUUUUAAUUCAGAAUUAUCAUAUUUGAUGUUUUGUUAGAAGAAAAUUAUGCAUAAAUGAA